AUGGAAGGGUAUGGCAUGGGAUGGAAGGGUAUGGCAUGGGAUGGAAGGGUAUGGCAGGGGAUGGAAGGGUAUGGCAGGGGAUGGAAGGGUAUGGCAGGGGAUGGAAGGGUGUGGCAUGGGAUGGAAGGGUAUUGCAUGGGAUGGAAGGGUGUGGCAUGGGAUGAAAAGGUAUGGCAUGGGAUGGAAGGGUAUGGCAGGGGAUGGAAGGGUAUGGCAGGGGAUGGAAGGGUAUGGCAUGGGAUGGAAGGGUAUGGCAUGGGAUGGAAGGGUAUGGCAUGGGAUGGAAGGGUAUGGCAUGGGAUGGAAGGGUAUGGCAUGGGAUGGAAGGGUAUGGCAAGGGAUAGAAGGGUAUGGCAUGGGAUGGAAGGGUAUGGCAGGGGAUGGAUGGGUAUGGCAUGGGAUGGAAGGGUAUGGCAUGGGAUGGAAGGGUAUGGCAUGGGAUGGAAGGGUAUGGCAGGGGAUGGAAGGGUAUGGCAUGGGAUGGAAGGGUAUGGCAGGGGAUGGAAGGGUGUGGCAUGGGAUGGAAGGGUAUGGCAUGGGAUGGGAGGGUAUGGCAUGGGAUGGAAGGAUAUGGCAUGGGAUGGAAGGAUAUGGCAUGGGAUGGAAGUGUAUGGCAGGGGAUGGAAGGGUAUGGCAGGGGAUGGAAGGGUAUGGCAGGGGAUGGAAGGGUAUGGCAUGGGAUGGAAGGGUAUGGCAUGGGAUGGAAGGGUAUGGCAUGGGAUGGAAGGGUAUGCAUGGGAUGGAAGGGCAUGGCAUGGGGUGGAAGGGUAUGGCGUGGGAUGGAAGGGUAUGGCAUGGGAUGGAAGGGUAUGGCAUGGGAUGGAAGGGUAUGGCAUGAUUUGGCAGCGGAUGGAUUCGUAUGGCAUUCGAUCGCCCAAGGGUACGGCAGGGGUUAGAAGGGCAUGCGAUGGGGGAGCACGGGGGAAUGAGGGGGAAAACGGGGGUGGGAUGAGAAGGAGAAGGGAGGGCAAUGAGCGGGAUAAAGGGGGGGGGAAUGAGAGGAGGAAGGGGUGGAGAGGAGAGGGAGAAGGGGUGGAAAUGAGAAGGAAAAGGGGUGGAAAUGAGAGGUGA